AUGGAUAUUACUAAUAAUAAAUUCGAAAAAUUUGAAUCCGAGGAAAAUCAUGACAGUCCCACUCCUACAACAUAUAAAAGGAAAAUUUAUGGACGUCAAAAAACCUUAUCAGAGACUUCAAUCUAUAACCCCAUUGACCCACAAGAACGGAAUAAAAGUAGACAAUAUAGUUUUGCGGAUAAAACCCUAGAUUGCAUUACACAAUGCUUUUGGCAAUGUUCAUCUUGUUACCAAUGCAAUGAAAAAACAUAA